AUACGAUCAGUUGUUAAAGAAGCUUUGAGACAUGAGGUGCUUGCUCCUUUCCUUCACUUGCCUUGCGCUUACAAGCGCGGCACAAAAAGAACUUGUGUUGUUCGAUUUAAUGAAAUGGCAACAGCUGAAGGUGGUGUACGUUUUCCACUGCUUCCACCAGCAGGAUGUGCUCAUCCACCAGCUGCACAGUGCGAUGAAAAAUCACCCAGCAAGUAUGUCCUUCCUGAAUGUGGCCAGCUUCAGCGGGUCGAAAUUCGAGGCCUCACUUCAGUCGCUGCAUGUUGGCGUUGGUUUGAUGGCCGAUUUAAACUGUGACGGGCUGGCAGGUGUACUGAAGGCGCUAUCCGUAAGGGGCUUCUUUAAUGGUGCACGAUUUAGGUGGUUGUUGGGCGGUUUGGGGACACUGCAGCAGAGUAGGAUGUUUUUGGAGAAGCUCAAUAUUACCGCGUCCUCUAUGGUGCUUCUCACGCUGCCUAUGAGGACUAGCAAUAAUGACACAAACUUUGCAAUUCUUGACGUGUGUGGACAUCGUGUGGGUACUCGGUGGGAGUUAAGCUUUCUUCAGAUCGGAGCCUGGAGUACGUCAGCCGGUUUGACGAUGUGGGAUAAGCGGAGCGUGUACGAGAGGCGACAAAAUUUGCUCGGAAUGCAACUGACUGGAAUAGCGAAGGCAACAGCAAUAGGUGCUAGCACGGUGACUGGUGAGCUGCAGAGUGGUCGAGCUUAUGGAUUGCGCCUGUGGAAUGUAUUGUCUACGAUGCACAACUUAAGCAUCACUGAGAAUCCUGUUAACGAAGGGAACCAACAACCGUUUGACUUAAUUAUCAACCCUGUCGAAAUUAAACAGCAAGACAUCUCCAAACUCCACUAUACUGCUGCUGUUCACGAUACCCAGACAAUUCUUCUUUUCCUGCAUCCUAAUGUGGACUGGACGAGAAAUUUGUUUUUGCGCCCCUUUACUGUUCUCUCGUGGCUGGGAAUCACUGCGCUAUUUCUUGCGUUUCUACUACUAAUGUGCUGCAUACUACACCUCGAUCGGCUGGAGGGUCAGGAUAGAGAAAAUGGUAUUUUGGUGUUAGUGUUGGGAAUACUGUGCCAACAAGGCUUCAUCGAAACGUUCCACUCGUACGCAAGCAGAAUCACGGUCUUCGCCAUGAUACUCUUUAGCAUGCUGGUUUAUCAAUUUUAUCUGACGUACAUUGUAAGCUUUCUGCUGGUCGUACCACCGAAAACCAUCCACACGCUUCACCAGCUAGUAGAAAAUGGAUUUGCCGUAGCGCUGGAAAACGUGCCAAAAAACGUGGAAUAUUUAAAUGCCACGGAUGAUGAGCAUUUGCUAGCGCUGGUACAAAAGCAACUCACACAGGCGGACACUCUGUACUACGACAUGGCGGAAGGACUUGAACUCAUUCUUCGCGGAAGGGUUGCGUUUUUGUGCGAUGCACACCAUGCUUAUCAAAUGAUGCAGACCCAUUUCACGGACGAGCAGCGGUGCGCACUACAGGAAGUGGUACUGAUCAGCAAAAAAUCCACCCAUCUGGCCCUGGCGAAGGAUAAUCCGUUGCGGGAGCUGUUUCGCGUCACGGUGCACCGAAUCGCCGGAAACGGUGUGAUGCAGUACGAGCGGAGCCGUUGCUACGCCGACAAGCCAAGGUGUGCCGAAAAUGAGGUUAAAAUGCCGGAGGUUAACCUAGAUCAGGUGUCCUCGGUGAUGGUGCUGUUGCUGGGCGCGAUUGUCGGAAGUAUCGCCGUGCUGCUGCUGGAGCUCACUCACAGCCGGGUUUGGCCAAGGCGACACAGAGUCGUGCCGAGCCGCGGCAUAAACCGGAAACUUUAACACCUGCUCUUCAUAGCAAACAUCAAUCAUUCUUCGGCUGGCAAAAAUGGCUGCACAGUUUGUGCUACUUAACAUGCACACAGAAAAAGGUAGCAGACCGUUUUUAAUAGUAGACAGACAAAACCAAACAAAAAAUCUUGCCUGGCGUGUGUAAUCCAGGAAAGGCUAAAAAAAGGCAAUACGACACGAUGGCUCACGCUUCACCCCACCUCCGUUUAGUCGAUGAAAGCUGUAAAAGCACACCGCGUGCAGACGUCAUAAAAAGGUGGCCAAAGCGCUACUCACCUGAUCCGAAGUCACCCAUGCUGUGGCAGUGCUUGCUGGCUUGUGGGUUUCUCUUUUUGUGCGCAAAAGCUUACGAUGCCGAUUUACACGCAAUCGAUACACCGGGCACGGUUAGAACAGGAAGCGGGAACAACGACCGACACCAUAGUGAUUUUUUGCGUUUUGUUAGUCGCGUUCCCAGGGGUGCCGGAUACACCAAUUUGACCGCAGUUGUAACACGGAACAGACGUUUACAUCGUUUUCCGUCAAUCGUUACUCAUCAUUCCAUAAAUCAAUGCCACGUUCCACCACCGCACUACUGUCGAAUGUCACACACUUGCUCGCAACGGAAGUUGACACUAGGAAAGCACUCCCGGGGUAGUAGACCGGCUUCACGAGAUUAUCUGAAGCCGCGAAUUGCCCGCACUUGGUAGCUUAACUGAUAAUUUGAAGAAAAUUGUAUGAUUUAUGAGCUUUGAGCACGGAGCACUCGCAGGAUUUGUACACGUUGCUAGGUGUUUCACUUUCGCGCUAAGGUUAGUGUACUGGGAUACUACAAACUGUACGAGAGAAUGGCCUUUAACGGGGUUGCACAGAAAGCUUGGAAGAGAAUCAACGAAAGGUAAUAUCCUUGCCGUCCUGCUGUUUGCUUGAACCUUAAGAUUCUAUUUGAAGAUUCUAAUUUUGCAUAAAUAAUUCAGCCCAACUUCUAAUACGGCCCACCAACAUCCGAUCAGUGGUAUCACGGUACUGAUGGCGUUAGCUACACCCGUCUGCUGGCUUAGCUCGCAUCGGACGAACGAAAUCGGUGAUAAAAAAGUUCCACCCAGCCCCCGUGGAGUCAAAGUUUUGGGCAUGCCGUUUUGUGUGUGUUUGCGUCUGAUGAUGCCGGCAACACGGGUAUGACAAAUGGCCUUUUCUGGGCGGGGGGAAGUUGCACGCUCAGUCGUCAGGCGCAAGACAGGCCACAAAACCUCGAAAAAAAAGGGGAAGUGUGCCAGAAGCUGGCCCCGAAAUCAGGCACGCCAUCGAAAAGGGGUGCUUCAGGUCACUAUCAGCCAGGGGGUGUUCGAGCAACUUCAUUCAUUGCGACCGGCACCGAACCGGUCCGUCCGUCCGUCCGUGUUUGAUCGAUAGCGGGCACUCCCGUGUUGCACCGACCGGGACAGCACGGAACUGUCGCGAUGCCUCCGGAAGUAAUGCGUGUAUCGAAACGUGUGUAGGCUGUGCAUAUGGGGGUGCCCUAAGGUGCUUUAGCCUUUCGUUGCCGCGUCGGGUGAGCAUUGACAUCAUUUUCUGCUGUGUUUCGGGUGCCGGCGCAUGGGAUAUGUGCGCUGUGGAGUACGUGUUGCAACAAGGGGAUCGUUAUAGAAAAUGGCAUUUGCCCUUCGUGCUUAUAGUGAGAUGGAUAGAAAAUUAGUGUUGUAAAAUUUUAAUUUCCAUAAUAAUAGACAAUCAUAAGCGGAUAGUGACCAUGGCGAUCAUAGCGGCUGUUCUCUGGCUUUUACCAAGGAGCGUUUGUAUUCUUCAAGCAGGAACACUUCACACUGAACGAAGCAUAUGAAAGAUAACAAAAGAUUAUGUUCGAUUAAAACACAAGUUUCUUGUUGAUUCCGCAACUAUUUCGAGCGAAUCGCUUUGCUUUCCAUUUACAGCAAAUGUACAAUUGUUGAGAUUUAAG